AUGAGAUUUUUUAAUUCUACUUUAUUUCCUACAAAAAUAAUAAAAAUUAUGCCUAAAAAAAAUACAAAACAGGUUCCAGGAAAAUUAGAGGCUGUUCAGACUGGACCUAUAACAAUAGACAAAUCGGGUGAUGUUGUUAUUAAAAUAAACGCCAAACCUGGUGCCAAAAAUAAUAACAUAACAGAUAUAAGUUCUGAUGGCAUUGGUGUUCAGAUAAAUGCACCUCCGACUGAUGGUGAAGCUAAUGCAGAAUUAAUAAAAUAUCUUUCGAAGGUAUUGGGUUUGAGAAAAAGCGAUUUAAGUUUAGAUCGAGGUUCAAGAUCGAGAAAUAAAAUUUUAAUUGUACACAAUACUUCAUUAGGCGUAGAAGGGAUCACUGAAAAAAUUAAUGAAGAAAUUAACGAUAAAUAA